UCACCGGCCCCGCCUCCCCUCGCUGUCCUCGGCGCGAAGAAAGAUAGAUCUGGGCCUAUUUGUUGCCGGCCGGCUGGUUGGUUGACUCUGUUGCUGAGGGGAGUAUGGUUCAGUGGGGCGCAACUCAGCCGGCCUUGGGGCGACCGAUGGAGACGGAGAGGCUUCAGGGGGCAGAGGCUGCCUUGGAACGGCAUCAGCAGUUGAUUGCAGGAAAAGCACAUAAAGAAGGUGGAUCUGCACGAAUGUCACUCCUCAUCUUAGUGUCCAUCUUCUUAACAGCUGCUUCUGUUAUGUUGAUGGUAUAUAAAAACUUUCCCCAGCUUAAUGAAGAGGAGAGAGAAUGUAUAAAAGUUCCUAGAGACAUGGAUGAUGCUAAAGCCUUAGGAAAAGUACUCUCUAAGUACAAGGAUACUUUCUAUGUUCAAGUAUUAGUGGCCUACUUUGCUACCUAUGUCUUUCUGCAAACAUUUGCUAUUCCUGGAUCUAUAUUUUUGAGUAUACUUUCAGGAUUUCUCUAUCCUUUUCCAUUAGCUCUAUUUCUUGUUUGUUUGUGCUCUGGACUUGGAGCUUCUUUUUGUUAUAUGCUGUCCUAUUUAGUUGGAAGACCGGUUAUAUAUAGAUAUUUAACAGAGAAAGCAGUGAAGUGGUCAAAACAGGUUGAACGGCACAGAGAACAUCUCAUUAACUACAUAAUAUUUUUGAGAAUCACUCCUUUCCUUCCUAAUUGGUUUAUCAAUAUAACUUCUCCUGUAAUAAAUGUGCCAUUAAAAGUAUUUUUCAUUGGUACUUUUCUUGGUGUUGCACCACCAUCUUUUGUAGCAAUUAAAGCUGGAACAACACUUUAUCAGCUUACCACAGCAGGCGAAGCAGUUUCCUGGAACUCAGUCUUUAUUCUUAUGAUUCUAGCAAUUCUGUCCAUUCUGCCAGCUGUUUUCCAGAAUAGACUUAAACAAAAGUUUGAAUAAGGAUAAACCUGGAUCUUCACUUUCCAUUUCAUCUCAGGAUCCAAUCUACUUCUCUGAUUCCUUUUCUAAUGGAUGUUAAGUAAUUUAGAAAGAGGAAGCUGAAGAGACCCAGAAGAUUUUAGAUCUUUUGUUCAGUUAUAUUUAUGGGGGGGAGGCAAAAUAACUACAGCUGGAAUAAAAUUUUAAGGUGAACCAUACUUUUUGAAGAAUUCUGAGGCAUUGUCAAUUUUAAUUUGUAAUAUUUAAUCUGAAUCUAUGCCUUGUCUGAUACUUUUUAUUGAUCAUUCAAUGUGAAUAAUUUGUUUCUCCCAUCUUUUCCCUAUCACUGAAUAAUCCUAAGAAAUAACGAACUGCACAAUGGAUUCUAUAAUCCCAUGGAGUAAAAAGACUGCAUAGUUUCUUUAUGUGUAAACUCUUUGUUGAAAACAUGAUCAGGUGGCUUGACCAGUGUUUCAGAUGUUUUUGGGUCCCUUUUGUUCACUUUGAUUGAGUGAUUUAAAUGUGAGGUAUUUUUUGUUUGCUUUAAAUGGGAGCUAAUUUAUCAUGGCACAUAAAAACUCUACUUUUAAUAUUCUUACCUUAUUUGCAAGCAUUUCAGUUACUUGGAUGGCUAAUAUUUUAUUAAAUUGUCAUUAUUUGUCUAUCAAAAAGCAACAGUUAUCAGAAUACAUUUUAUAGGAGCAUAUUGAAAUGUAGGAAUUGCUUUUUAUUUUGCAAUAAUUUUCUUUUGGGGGAAGGAUUUAUUAAAGAUAAGUAUGCAGUAUUUUUAAAACUUACAAAUACAAUCUGGCUGAGUAGAAAUUAAAUGCACUGCUUGAAUCUGAAAUGCCAAAGAUGCUCCAAGUUCCCCAUAAAGCCCAGGUUCCUUCAGUCAUGUUUUACACAGCAAAUGAAAUGAAUGAGAAGUGCCUAAGCAUGAACAAAUUCAAUCUCUGCAAUGGAAGAAGCGUUACUCAUUCACUGGGCAAAGAUUAACAUGUAGAACUUGUAUAUUUUGUAAAUAGUCCUUGCUAAUAUGAUGUAUCCUUUUUCUGAUGGAAGAGUAGCUUUUUAAAAAUGAAGUGAAAAUUGACUUUCCACUUUUAAGUACUCUUUAGGGGUUUUACUUCCAAAGGUAAUGAUCCUUUUCACUGAAUUACUAUUAUUGCCAUGGAGUGUUUUUCCCCCAUUUGUGAGAUCUGUUAUACUAUUCUGGUGCAGGAUGCCUCUCAAGUAUGCCCCUAUCUCUAAUAUUGUUCCAUGCACUUAUUUUUAUUACAGGUAGUCCUUGUUUAACAACACUAAUUGGGACUGGAAACUCCAUCAUUAAGCAAUGUGGUCAUAUGUUGAAAAACCAUGUAACCAUGCCACUUAGUGAUGGUAGUUCUGGCCAUCCUGGUUGCCAUAGUUAAGCGAGGACCGCACGUGACUGCAACUUCUGACUUCCUGCCAGCUUCCCCAUUGAGUUUGCUUGAGGGAAACUGGCAGGGAAGGACGCAAAUCAUGAUCAAGUGACUGUGGGGAUGCUGCGCUGGCCAUAAGUACAAGGUCCAGUCAGAACUACCACUCAUUCAGCACCGUUGUAUGCUUGAAUGGCUGCUGAAUGUGGCAGGACGGGUUAUGCCCAUACUGCAAGCACCUGGGAUUGCUUUCCUCCCAUUGUUACUCUUACAUCCCUCAGCCUAAGGAUGGCAGGGCUGCUAUUAAAAAGCCCUGUGUUUGGAACAGCUGUGUGGGUGUGUGUGGGAGAGGAGGAGGAGGAAAGAGGCAGAGAGGGAAAAAGCAAAGGUUUACAGAAACACGAGAGAGAAAGAACAGGAGAUUCUGUCCUCUGAAAGGAAUAUUUCAUUCAGGAGCAGAAUUGUAGAAGUGUUAGUGUGUAGUAGCUAUUGCAGUAGAGUUUAGUAGUUACAGUAAUAGGGUCUUAAAGAAACAGUCAUACUUUAGUGAUAUAAUGUAUUUUAGGAAUAAGCACUGCUUAGAGUAGUUAAAAGUAAUAGAAAUAUAGGUCAGGAGAUAGGAAAUCAUAUAAUGUAUUAGUUGGUCACUUAGAAAAGCAGAGCACUUUUAUACUACAAAUAGUUGGUUACAGUAGUUGGUACCCUCCAAUAUAAAAGGGGAGAACCAGAGUUCUCAUGUGCAGUGUCUUAUUGGGGAACAUCUUGGGGUGAGUCUGAAUAAACCCUUGGGUAUCAAAUGAACCUGUGACACUGAACAAGCGGUCAUUAAAAAAGGACCACCUGUCAAUAUAUGCAGUCGAAUGAACAAAUAGAUUUACAGAUCAUACAAGCAAAACCAGAACACUGUCCCUCUUUGAAACUAGGCCAGUGCAAACCAAUUGUGCAGGAAACUGUAUAUUUUAUUACCCAGAUUUCUGUGUGGCCCAGUUCCCAAGACUCCAGGCAGUUUACAACAGCAUAAGAUAAUCACAGUAUCAACCAAUAAAAACGCCAUACAACCACCUAGCAACAAUAUGGCAUCUCAUUACUACAAAUAAUCUAGUUGGGCUGAAUAACUACUGUGUAGUAGCUAUUCCAUUCCUAUAGGUAUACGUAUAGUACUUUUUACUGUCUGAAUGACAUUCCUUUAGUACUUGCCUCCUAGUUCACCUAAAACAUAUAGCAUCCUUUAAUUUUGAAUCAAAGGAAUUUUGUUACACUGUUGAAUGUGCAGCUAUACUAUGCUUUAAUUUCAGGCUGUAGAAUAUUACUAAUGGUGAUUUACUCGCUCAGUGCAAUAGGUGGGAGAGAGUGGAUAAUUGAUUUAGGAAUAAAAGAUCCUGAGGUCUUCAGGGUAAUUGACCACCAAUCUGAUGUACAAGAGGCCAAAUUAAUAUGGUUGAAUUAAUAGCAGAGUGUCUGUCUGCUUUUUCAUUUCAUAAUCCAGAAAGAGUUGGAAUUAAUUUUCACUGAAAAAAUGGAACAUGGGUUUUAAUUAAACCUUAUCCACACUGUAGCGAUAAUCUUGUUUUAAAACAAGUGGACAUAAUGGAAAAAUGCUUUAUAAGGCUGAAGUUGCUUGAGAUUACCUGAAGUAGGAAUUAUUUAAUUCUUAGUUAAUUUGGAUUAAUAUGUAUGAAUGUAAAAAAUCUUCUAAAUUCACUCCCUGCUCAUCUCGAAAACUGCCUUAUUUUCAAUGAAGUCCUUGAAAUGUAACAGUAUGUUAUAAUGUGUAUUGAAUCAUUUUAUUGCAGAUUAUGUGUAAAUUUAUAAGAAUAUAUUAAUAUGCUUACCUGUUUCCCAAGUAGGAAGUUUUCCUUUCAUUUAAUUCAUUGCUGCAACUUUUUUUUUAGCAGUACAAGCAGUACUAUGGCAAUUAGGAAGGAUUUUAUACUGCUUAGAUCUUUUCAGAGGUUGAUUAAGGUACGUCUGAAAAUUUAUCUGUAACUAGUGCCAUGAAUUUAAUAUUAAAUUAUUUUAGUCUAAUUAGUUAAAUGUUUGCAGCUCUGUUUUCUGGGGAAUAAAUGUAAUGUUCUUGAUGAAUUCUGCCAAUAUAGAGGCAAUAAUACAUUCUAUUUUUGCUGUUCAGGGUAUUGUAUAACUUGAAUAGGUUUCUUUAGGUUUUAAUAACUUUGCAGUUCAUAACACAACAUAAUACAGGAUUGUAUGUUUUUAAUCAUUUUUUAUAAACUACAAUUAAAAUAGGCUAUUGACCCAAUAACCACAGUAAGCUUUCUUUUUCAUCAUCUUUCUUAGCCAUAUCUCUGUGGUAGAGAAGAUUGAUUAUGAGGAUUGAAUUUCCAUUGUUCGGUCAGUCUUUCUAUCAAGCGUUACAAAAGAUCAGCAAAAGUGCCUAGUUUGGAACACAAAAGCUGUAAGGAUUAAAACCAAUUUGUGCUAUUUUACUGCUGUAAAGAUUUUGAGUAGCUAACAUCCUUUUGAAUGUAAAAAGAUGACAGCAGCACAUUUUCUGCAUUUGCCAUUACAGAGCAACACAAAAAGGAACAUUUAUUGUAUCCACUGCAAUAAUCUGAAGAGGCUCUUCUGCAUAUCUGUUCUUCUGCCUGUCUUGUUCUUAUCUGAUUUGUUCUGUUUGUUUUAUCCUUAUCUGAUCUAUUCUUGGCAUAAGAUUAGGGUUGCAUAUGUUGGGAGUCAGCAAUAAGGGGCAUCUUUGAUGGCAUCCACUGACUUCUAAAAUAAAAAUGGACCAACAUUAUAAUAGCCCAGUCUCGUAAGUGCUUUGUGCUCCUGCAAGAGAGAACAGCCAUUUUAAUUUUUUUAAUAUAUAUAUACACAUUUUGGAAAGCCUCCGCAUGCGUAAGAGCUUGCAGUUGUGCCCAUGAUCUGAAAACUUUGCCGGCUCAGGGUAAACAUGCCCUUCUAUUCAAACUGAAAAGGCAGGAAGUCAUACAGUGAGUAUGUUUUAUCUUUGCGUACAAGGCAGGAUUCGGCAGUGAUCUACUUAACAAGUAUAUGUAACCUGUACAGAAUAUUUCAGUCUGGGAAAGUGCUUUAUUUUUUAAAUGAGAAAAUUAAACCAUUUUGAUGGUUAAGGCAACGGGCUAGAAUCCAGGAGAUUAACAGUUUUAGUCCUGCAUUAGGCAUGAAAGUCAGCUGGGUAACCUUGUCACUCUCUCCUCUCAGCCCAACUCACCUCACAGGGUUGCUGUUGUGGGGAAAAUAGGAGGAGGAAGGAGUAUUAGGUACGUUGGCCACCUUGAGUUAUUUAUAAAAAUAAUAAAGGGAUAGAAAAUAAAGUUAAAAAAAGAAUAGUACAGAAAGUUUUGUUUUCGUAACGCCCUAUUCUUUAAAAGAAAAUAAAGCAGUUAACCACCAAAAUAUAACAAUAUUGUUAAUUAAACAGUGACUAAAAAAUUCCGGGUGGGUGUGUGGAUGGGUGGAGGGAGUGGGUGCUGUGUGAGUGUGGGCAGACUUGGAGGUGGGUGCUACAGCCCAGCAUGAGUCCAGGCAGGCAGCCGCCCACCCACCAGGGACCCGCACUUGCCCUGCCAUCCAGAGGCUCCUUGGGAGAAAAAGCAAGAGCAACUUACUGGAGUGACUUGUGACCUCCUGCCAGCUCCGCCACUGACUUUGCUCGCGGGAAGCUGCCAGGGAAGGUCACAAAUGGCAAUCACGUGACUGCGGGAUGCAGCAACUGUUGUAAGUGCGAGCUGGUUGUCAAGUGCCCCAAUCGCGAUCAUGUGACCACAGGGAUACUGUGACAGUCACAACUUCACGUACCAGUCGUAAAUCUCCCUUGUUUGUUACCAUCAUAACCUUGAACAGUCGCUGAACAAGUUAUAACCCGAGGACUUCCUGUAGAUAGUGCCAAGUAAAUGCAGAAGAUUGUUCAGAAUCUAAAACAACAGGAUAUAAACAGAAAACAAGAAACAGCAAUGAAAAACAUUGGUAUGCCAGAUCUAAAAAGAAUAAACAUAAUUAAGUUUGAAAUAUGGAAAUAACCUUUUUCCUUCUGAAAAACAAACAGGGCUAAGUGUCAUGCAGACCAGUAAAGGGAGGGCAUUCUAUAAUGGUGUUAAUUUGUCUAGUAGUUUAUUUCUCUGAAUGAUUUGCUCAGUGAGAAACAUAAGGAUUUAAGAAAGUGAGUUUAUUGUACAUGUGUUGAUUUACAGAAAAAUGUAUGAUAAAGUGAAUAGGUUUGAAUUUGUGCAACUAUGGAAUUGAAAUAUAUUGAUGGAUGCAAUAAGACAAAUACAUUAUGCCUAUUUUUGUUGUAGAGAAAUGAGACUUUUGUAUGUCUAGGAAAUGUGUGUGGUAAAACAAGAAAAAGGGUCAAGAAUGAAUAGAUGGUAAAAGAAUGUGGACUGAAUACAGAAAUGAACAGUAUGAGAGAAAAAAUGAAUGAGGAUCAAAUUGCAGAACAAAUAUAUAAGAGAUGGAUGGAUGGGUUAAGUGAAAGAGGAAGAUAAAAAGGUCUUGAAUUCAGAUUAGAUAAAUUCAGACUUACCUGUCUAUAUCUUCACAUAGUUGUUUGCGAGUUUUCAUGUAGAAUAUAUGUUUUAUUAGCUACUCUAAAAACAUUUAAGAACAUAAAAUUUCACCUUCUCUUCUAUACUGUAAAUACCACAAUACAAAUAUUAUGUUUCUUGUUAUUAUAUGUGCAAUACAACUUGGAAUCAUAAUUCUUUUUAAAAAAAUUACGUCUUGGGUAACCAUCAAAAUGCAUAUCAAUGCAGUGGUCUGCAGAAAGUAUGAAGCAAUUGAUUUCUAGCAAAAAGAAAAUAAAGAUCCAGGAGAACUCUU